AUGGCAAAUGUCUUGCUACUCCGGGCUCCUUCGCAAGAUGGUGGGGACAAAUAUGAGGACAACAUUCGUACUCAGGGAUACACACCCGUAUCCGUCCCAGUAUUAGAGACCGUGCUCAAGAAUCUUCCAGCGUUGAAGGAAAUCAUCCAAGCAGGUCACUCGGUGAAGGGCUAUGCUGGUGUGAUCAUCACGAGUGGAAGGGCAUGCGAAGCAUGGAGGACGGCUGUACAGGAAUUGGUGUCGAACAGCGCAAACACGGACUGGGCUACCGUCCCGUUCUAUGUCGUCGGAGAAGCAACUGCUAAGGCACUGGAAGAGAUCCGUGAGGCAGUGGGUGGUUCUCCGUUUACCCCGAAGGACAUACGCGGUCGUGCUGAGUCCGGAACGAGCGAGCGACUCGCGCAUUUCAUCUUGGACGACCUAUCCUCCAGGACUGACAGUGGGAAGUUGUUGUAUCUCACUGGAGACAAAAAUCGCGACACCUCACCGAAGAUUUUGAAGGAGGGUGGCUUUGAUCUGGAACCUCUGCAGGUCUAUGAGACGCAGGGAUCAUCCAAUUUCCCGGCAGAUCUUCAAAAAGCACUGAACUCAGUACCCACAGGCAGGUGGUGGAUUGUAUAUUUUGCCCCUUCCGCGGCGGAGUUCGUGACACCUACCCUGCGAAAACACUUCGAUCUUCGUUCGAUUGACUCUCCUCCCGACACGUCACGCACAAUCCCGAGCGUUGCAGCAAUAGGGCCAACUACGUCUACGUUUCUGCGAGAGCAGCUCAGCCUUCACGUACGUGCCGUCCCUUCCAAACCCACACCAGAAGCUCUAGUAGCCGCUAUCGUGGCGGCAGACAGUGCUACUUCAGCGGCCUUGUAG